CAAGAUUUUGUGUCAACCGUCUUCAACUUCGCCGUGACGUUCAACAACCUGAACCUCAAUGACACCGAGCUGGCACUGUUCACUGCGGUGGUGCUGCUGACGGCUGACCGACCCGGAAUCACUGACGGGAAGGUCAUCGAACAGCAGCAGGACAAGAUUAUCGAAGCGCUCAGAGUACAAGUGGGUCGAAAUCACGCCAGUGAGACGCACCUCUUCCCCAACGUUGUGAUGAAGAUGCCGGAGCUACGUCAGAUCGGAGCCAAGCAUCACGAUCACCUUAAUUGGUUUCGAUCCAACUGGUCCAGACUCAAGCUGCCGCCACUCUUCGCGGAAAUCUUCGACAUCCCCAAGUGUGAAGAGGACCUAUUAUGAGUGUUUUAUUGUAGGAGAGCAAUUCCGUGAGGUAGUGUCAUAGAGCCCGUUCCGGUGGACCAGGAAGUGUACCCCAGCCUCAUCUUGUCGUCGUUCACAACCGGCAGGUGGUACUCACAACCGGCAGCUGGUGCUCACAACUAGCAGCAGUUACAACUAUCAGCUGUUAGAAACCACAGCUGUUACUCACAGCUAGUGACUGUUACUCACAACCACCAGCUGCUACAACCAGCAGCUGUUACAACCUGCAGUCGCCAUUCUCCGCCGGAAGUUGUCACUUCCAAGAAGCAGUUGUCACUUCCAAGAAGCAGCUGCCACUCAAAUAGUUACAUGAAGUCUACUCACAACCACUUCUGCAUCAGCAAGAGCGGAAGUUUGAGAGUGAGCUCUUGUUCUGCAUUAUAUUUUCUGAGCAAAGAGGAGCAAGCAAUAGCUUGCACCUUAAGGCAUUGCAGAUGUGUACCGAAAGAGGAAGAGUGUCUGGAUCUUGACGAGACGACACCCAUCCUCUGGCCUUUCAACAACCAACUUGUCUUAUGACUGCCUGUUUGGUUGAUAAGAAUGCCAAGCGGAAGAGCAUAUCUUCCUAAAAGAUGACGUUUUUUGAUGAAAUAGAUGAAUCCUGCGAUUCUCAGGGGCGGGGCGGGCUGGUAAGCCGCUGAUGACCAUUGAUGGCAAGUUGAAGUCUCCGGCAAGUUGAUAGAAAAAAGACAUCGAAGAAAAGGCACAUGUCUUCAGAGACUUUUGCAACGAGUACUGAAGACUCGAGGAGAGACUCCAACUCAGGCCCAAAAAGGGGCCGUGGGAGGAAAAGAUGUCUCAUGGUGGAGCCUGAAAUGAUUCUGCCGAUGGAAUCGUUAUACGAAUGGCUCGCAUUUGUUACGUCAAGCGCCAUAAGGGAAUGUCUUCGGGUCGUUGGUUGAUACCUUCCGGGCUCUGUGGUCUGCCACAGAGUCUGUGGUCUGCCACAGAGUCUGUGGUCUGCCUCAGAGUCUGUGGUCUUCUGCCCCCAGGAACUGAGUUUUCACUGCCACACAGCAACAACCUCCCCUCCACCCCUACCCUCCCUCACGCUAGGACUCCUAGGCACUGCUGGGAGGCCAGUGUUACCUAUCUGAUUGUGUUACCAAUAUUUAUUACAUAUUUGUUGUUCUUGGUGGCGUCUAGUGUGCUUCUAGACACCAGGACAAGUGGCAAAAAAGGAGUGGGUUAGCAGUGAAGACGUCCCAGAAAACGAUCUUGUACGUUCACUAGGUUAUAUAAGGCCAAUUGAAAAGCUGCUCUGAUUGUUUCAAUUGUUAUGACUUUUGGCGACGCUCGAACGCUAGUUGGCGAGACGUACGAUAAACUGUUAUACAUUCCAUACACUUCUCAGCAUUCCCCCUCUCUCAGAAUACUCACAAAAUAUCAUAACAGGAUGAGGAAUAACGACAUACCUCUCUAAGAGUCUACAUAAGAAUGUGACUUAUUAACCUCUAUAGAGUGGUGGCGGCGGACACAAGUGACACGAAGCUUGAUGUGUAGUAACGUAGAGAAGCUCACAGUCUCAAGGUUGCCACAGGUAUCUUUGGUAUCUUUGACAAUAGUAUUUGCUCCUAAGACUAGCUCUGUUGCCACUCGUGCUGAUACCUCUCUCUCUCUAUAUAGCCUCUUUGACGCUAAUGUAGCAUAACGUGCUGCUAUUUCUUGUCUCUUUCCACCCCUCUCUCUCUCUCUCUCUCCUUUCUUGUUGCCUCACGACUGGACAAUGCUAAUUCUUCAUAAGGGUCCUUUGUUGACCAUUUACCUCAUGCGCCUGCUCACCACAUGUGUGGGAGGGGACGCCCCACAACCAUUCCUGAUGUCCUUCACCACCGUACUCUGUGUUCCAUUUCCAUUCAGUGAGGUCCAGAAAGUUAAUUUAUGCAUUAGUCAAUAUUAAGCGCUUCGUUAUGCGAGUAGCACCAGAGAGCAUGUAGAAACGUCGACAGUCAGAGUUGAGUACUAUUAUAGGCAUCGAGAACCCGUAGAGGAGCUCCGCGAGGCGUAUCAUGUGUAUAGGUGCACGGGUAGUGAUCAAGUCUGCAACCUUAACUACGUACUUAGUCCCGUUCAUUCACUAGUUAAGGGCUUUCACCAGUGUCUAAGUUAGGCGGGCAACCAGAGUCCUGAGUAAAUCAUGCUGCUAAUCGUGAGCAGUUAUAUAUAUAAUAUAUAUAUUGCUUUAACUCGCAGUACAAGGCAACACAGGAGCACGUACAGUAGACAAGAUUAGUCUAUCACUUGCGUCAAGAGGGCAGGUCCCCUACAUGUAUGUGAAGGCAUGUUUUCAUAGUCGCCUCUACAGACCCCUCCCUUACUCUUCCCUACGUAACCUCAGAGGCAACAGUGAUUUUGCCAUACUGGUGACCUUACGGGCCACGUGGUGCGGUCUGUGAUGAUAUCAUGACAAAAAAAACGUUAUACGAGGAGGAGCGUAUAUGCCGCCGGAGGAAGCCUAAGAGAUUGGUCGCAGCCGCAUUUGCUGUCAUUUAGAUAAACAAACCAGAGGUCCUAAUGGCUGGGCCAGGUGGGGAACCUCUAGACCUGGGCUGCGUUAUCCUGUGGCGCGUUCGUAUCCCAACGCUGGGACACACACACACACACACACACACACACACACACACACACACACACACACACACACACACACACACACACACACACACACACACACACACACACAGACCUUCAAGUGUACCUUGAGAGAGUACUUCCACUGAAUGCUUCAAUACUGUUAUAUAGAGGAGUGCGAAGGUCUCUCCACAGUAAAUAUUUCAUAGAACGUGGUGAACAUUUCCCUUCUCCUUCCCUUCCAAGCCGACAACACUACCGAUAUAGAUUAUUUUGUUAACUGGAGGAAAAAAAACAAGGCUCAGGGUACUUGGUUGGACGUCGUGGUGUGGUCAAACGGCAUCAACUCUCAGAUGAUUAUUAAAAGGGACAUGGAUAUUAUUUUUGUUUUGUACAUUCCUAGUGUUUUGGUAUUUGUGAUGAAUACUCCAUGGAUGCUGUUUCCCCAUCGCUGCAGUCUGUUCCAGUAUCUGUUUUCCAUAUUUGUUAAAUUAUUGGUGAAAGGCAGCUCGAAGAACUCUAAGUUUUCGCUAGAAAGCGAAACUCGUUUCAGGCUUCAGCCAAACACCCCAAACUUUUCCCUCAUGAUCUUUCAGUGACCAGUCAGCUGUGACUUCGGACUUCAGGCAUGGGUGCCAUACCCACCCGUAAGGGUGUACUGGACACGGAGACACGGGUUCACAAGCUGUACUUGACUGUAGCGUGGCACCCAGCAGCUCCAAAACAUAUAAUAGAUAGACUGACACCUUGUCUAUAUUGUCUCGUCUACACCGUAAUGCAUUAGGAUUAAGCCAAGGAUAAGCGUCUAGACACAGAGCUGUAGGUCGAGUGAUUAGGUCAAGGACAGUUUGAGAAGACAGUCUUCAUCUCCUCUCUCUCUCUCUCUCUCUCUCUCUCUCUCUCUCUCUCUCUCUCUCUCUCUCUCUCUCUCUCUCUCUCUCUCUCUCUCUCUCUCUCUCUCUCUCUCUCUCUCUCUCUCUCUCUCUCUCCCUUUCUCCCGUGUACUGACAGAGCUCUGCAGUCGUCCCACGUAUUAACCGUUGGUCACAGCAAAUGAAAUAUGGCUCAUAAAUGUGCCCUGUUUUAUGAACAUGUCUAUGGACAAUUACAUAGCUUUGCGGAAAAAAAAAAUCUGAUCCAGGUGUUGUGUUAAAUUUGACGCAGAUGCUGUGUUAAAUUUUGAUCGAACUGCUAUGUUAAAGUUGACCAUAAUACUAUGUUUAAUUUGAUAAACUACCAUGUGAAAUAUUCUAUCUCAAAAGUAACGUGUGGGCGGAUAUGGUCGACAUUCAGUUAACACAAAAUAAAUUGCCAUUAUAGUUUGCUAGAGUUGGGAGAAUGGUUCGAAAAAAAUAGUAUUUAAUGCAUCAAGUGGUCUGAUAGUCCACAGCCGGAUGCACACCUACACAGUUCUGAUGGAAACGGUCUUUGCUUCUGGUUAAAU